AUGUCUGCGCCAGACCGACACAGAGAUAUAUACACCGAGGCGCCCCCUCGCAACAACCAACGGGUGAAGUUGAACAGCACAACACCCUUUACUCCGACUUACGUCAAGGAUCAUGUAUCGGGAUCCGCACAUCCUGUCCUGACCUACGCAAGUCGGGUACAGGGCCGCCAGAUACUCCUCGAGAAUCCUGCGGGCACCAGCAGAACGAAACAGCUGCGUGAGGAGAAGAAGACGAGACGAUUGUCGGACAAGGCAAAGAAGGCGGCAGGGGUCGCCCCCCACAGAGAUGUGCGACAACGCUCCUCCUGGCAGCUCAAGCAACAGGAGGCUAAAUUCCAUCUGUUUCUACCGCUACACACAUUAUGGAUGGGCUACAUGGCAGAGCUUCUUGCGCUUCCGCCUGCGCCUUCAGGUCCAAACAACAAGUCCAUUCCCGAGGCCAUUCCAAAUUCGGCAGCUAUGCACGCGAAACUUGUGAAGGCCGACUUCCACGGGUCUAUUAUGACCGUGCGACAGAGCAAGAAUCCUAGUCUCGUUGGUCUCUCCGGCAUCGUCAUCCACGAGACCGAGAAUGCGUUCAAAAUCGUCACCAGAAAGGAUCAGCUGAAAAUGGUCCCGAAGCAAAACUCGAUAUUCGCAUUUGCUGUUCCACUCUACUCUAGAAGCGAUCCGUCCGAACCACUCCUCUCCUCGCCGACUGCGACAAACGGUGGUAGUGCCUUGGACCCGGCGGCAGAUACUGGAAGCACGCAUGCGGAUCUUAUGCGCACCGUUCAUGACUCGCCGUACUUAGAGUUUGAACUACAUGGGAACCAGUUUUGCUUCCGAGCAGCUGAGCGCGCCGGUAGGAAGUUCAAGCACAAGGAAACUAUCGAGCUAUGA